AUGGCGCCGCUUCGUUGUCUCUGGCUGUUGUUCCUUGCAGCUGGUGCGAUAGCCACCGACCCGGAAGAUUCCGAGGAAUCCUGUGCCCUAGCGCAGCCCCCGCGACCUGUCGUCACCCAGCCCGACACAGACAGGUACCGGGCAUGUCUGAAGAGGAUGCUGCCGAAGAGCCCCAUCCCGCCGCGGGAGGUCGUCAGUGUCUCCAACAGCAGCGUUGGUAGCGAGGUGGACGAUGCUAGGAAGCGCUGGGCGAAGGAAUGGUUCUACCAGGGCAUGCAGAACAUGGUAAAAGAGAUCGGAGCCAUCGCUCUCAAAGCUGCCAUCAGCGGCUUCUGGUCUGAGAUCCUGGGGAGUCUCUGGCAAGCUUUCUUCCCACCGCCCUUUUCGAAGGAGGAGGCCGUCAUGAAGCUCAUGAUGGAGUGGACCGAACAGUAUGUGCAGCGCGCCAUCGUCGCAGAGCUCAAAAAUGACAUCGCCGGGAAGAUGUGUGAUCUUGAGGCUUCAACAGGUGAGCUGAACGAGUGCAUGGCCAGCUUGAAGGAGGAGAUCGAAAAGGCUAAGAAGCAGAGGCAGGAGGUGGAGGACCCAUAUUAUCUGGAGGACCCAUAUUAUCUGGAGGAUGCGGAGGAGGACCCGCCGGGGCGCCUUCCCACGGCUUCGCGGCGUCGCAG